GAAUAUCAACAUGUGUAGUUUUAUAAAAAAAUUCAGUUAAAUUAAUUAUAUUAUUUUAAAAAAAUUUAAUUGGUGUCUUGUAUUUAUUAUUUUUUAUAAAUUUUAUUUAAAAUAAUUCUAUAUCUCAAUAAAGUUUCAUUUUAUAAUAACAAAAAUAAAUAUUUCCUUAAAGCUAAUAAAAAUAUUUAUAUUCAUUUUUAUAAAUAUUUUUAUAAUUAAAAUUUUUAUAAAUAUUAUUAAAUUGAUAUAUUUAUUGCUUCAGUUAUAUAAUUUAUAUAUUUUACACUAAAAGGAGACAUGAUAUUUAUAUAAUAAAAUUGUAACUAAAUCUUCAUAUUUAUUUAUUAUCAUAUAUAUUGCUUAUAAAUAUAUUACUUUAUAAAAAAAAUAUAAAUAAAAAUAUAAAAUAUAAAAAAAAAUGAUAUUUAAAUAUAUUAAUUUGAUAUUUUUAAAUCUAGUUACUUUUGUAAUGAAAAUAUUGGUAAAACAUAUUUGUCUAAAAGUAUAAAAGGAAGAUUCGGGAAGUGAGUCUUCCAUUUUCAUCGUUAUAAGUAAUAUGUCGCACAGAAAGUUUAGUGCACCACGUCAUGGAUCUAUGGGAUUUUAUCCCAAAAAAAGAUCUCAACGGCAUCGUGGUAAAGUAAAAGCUUUUCCUAAAGAUGAUCCAAGCAAACCUGUACAUUUAACGGCUUUUAUCGGUUAUAAAGCCGGUAUGACUCACGUAGUCAGGGAAGCUGAUCGUCCAGGAUCAAAGGUGAAUAAGAAAGAAAUUGUAGAAGCAGUUACCAUUUUAGAAACACCACCUAUGAUUGUAGUUGGUGUAGUUGGUUAUAUUGAAACUCCACAUGGUUUACGUGCCCUUACUACAGUGUGGGCAGAACAUUUAUCUGAAGAUUGUCGAAGAAGAUUUUAUAAAAACUGGUACAAAAGCAAAAAGAAGGCAUUUACAAAAGCUUCCAAAAAAUGGCAAGAUGAUCUUGGUCGUAAAUCUAUAGAAAACGAUUUUAAAAAAAUCGUUAAAUAUUGUAAAGUUGUACGAAUUAUCGCUCAUACGCAGAUGAAAUUAUUAAGACAACGUCAAAAGAAAGCCCAUAUAAUGGAAAUUCAAUUAAAUGGUGGAACUAUUGAGCAGAAAGUUCAAUGGGCUCGUGAACAUUUAGAAAAACCAGUACCUGUCAGUAAUGUUUUUGCUCCAGAUGAAAUGAUAGAUGUAAUCGGUGUCACAAAAGGAAAAGGAUAUAAAGGUGUUACGUCACGUUGGCAUACAAAAAAAUUGCCACGCAAAACACAUAAAGGUCUGAGAAAAGUUGCUUGUAUUGGAGCAUGGCAUCCUAGUCGUGUAUCUUUUACUGUUGCACGUGCUGGUCAAAAGGGAUAUCAUCAUCGUACAGAAAUGAAUAAAAAAAUUUAUAGAAUUGGACAAGGAAUUCAUACUAAAGAUGGCAAGAUCGUAAAGAAUAAUGCUUCUACAGAAUACGAUCUUACCGAGAAAACUAUAACUCCUAUGGGAGGUUUUCCUCAUUAUGGUGAAGUGAAUAACGACUUCAUUAUGAUCAAAGGUUGCUGUAUGGGUCCGAAAAAACGUGUAAUUACAUUACGUAAGUCCUUAUUGGUUCACACCAAACGAUCGGCACUGGAGAAGAUCAAUCUUAAAUUUAUCGAUACAAGUUCCAAAUUUGGACAUGGUCGCUUUCAAACUGCUGCUGAUAAAACUUCAUUUAUGGGUCAACUUAAAAAAGAUCGUAUGCGUGAGGAACAACAGGCACAAGCCACUACUUCAGCACCGACCGCAAAUGCUUAAUAAAAACAUAUACAUAUUAAAAUAUGUAUAAAAUGAAUAAUAAAAAAUUAUAUGUAAAACUUACAUAA